AUGACGGAAGCACCUGCUCCCAACCCGAGAAAGAGAGGUCGGACGGCGUGCACAAGAUGCAAGACCCGUAAACAAAAGUGUGAUGACCAAUGGCCGAUCUGCUCAAACUGCAGGAAGGCGGGGACGCCGUGUGAUAAGACCGCUGUCACUGAAGAUGAGCCGCCCGCAGCGUAUACGCGCGCGCUGGAAGAGAGGGUUGCGUUUCUCGAAACCGCUCUGAAUGAAGUCGGCAAUGGCCAGUCCGCUGACGAGCCGCCACCAGCCAAGCGCCCAGCACUGACGGCGCAGCAUGACGCAUUGGGCGAGGUCGUCGAGCUUCUUUCCAUGGGAAACUUCGAAGCGCCAGCAUACAUAGGCUCGUCGUCGGGCUUAAACUUGGCGCUCAACCUUGGUGAGAUGGUUCAAGCAACUGUCUGGAACAAGGCCCUCCCAUCGCGAAGGGGGAGCCGAAGAGAGAGUGAGACCAGUCUGGGAGGCAGGCCUGGCGAGCAGAAUGGAUCACAUGUGAUCACAAUGCAGGAGUUGUUAUCACAUAGCGCCGAGCCUCCUAGCGAUGAACUUGGCUAUAAUAUCUUGGCUGCCUACUUCAACCAGAUUCAUCCGCGUUACCCAUUCGUCGAUCCGGUGGAGGUGUGGGCGCUGCAUAGAGAUCGGCUGUCUCUAGCUUCGACGCCUUCUACAAACCUCAACAAAGCACAGCGUUUCGGUAUCUUCAAGCUGUAUAUGAUAUAUGCUAUAGGUGCAAUGCUCCUUCAGUUAACAGAGAAGCACACCACUUCGCCCCCAGAGGUAUGUCAUCUCAUGAGCAGCAUUGGAGUUGGCGACCUCAGAACCUGA